CGAAGUUCAUGAAAUGACGGUUUAAUUCAGGAUGUGGGGUUGGUUUUUGUUAGUCACCGCGGUCGCGGUGUCGGGCGUUACGGGCGGUGGCGCGGGCGCAGCGCGAUUCGUCUGCUACGCGGACAGCGCACGCGCAGACGGAUUUACAGAGUGCACGCAUCUGGUGUACGCAGGAGACGCUAGGGGCGACAAGCUCGAUACUCUGCUGAAGGAGUACAGGAAAAAUAACUCACGUCUAAAGAUCAUAUUAAGAGUGUCUGAAGCUGAUAAGGACCUUAGCUCUCUCUUCAAGUCGAAGCACAUCCAAGGUCUUGAAAUUCACGAUGCUCACAAAUCCCUCAAUCGGUCCAAAGUUCUGGAGACCGUCGAAGCAGCUCGGAAGGCGAUUCACUCUUCAGGAGGAGGACCUCUCUUCCUCGCUCUACCUGCGCACCCAGAACUCCUGGCGAAGUAUUAUGACUUGAGGUUGUUGGUGAAGAAGAUCGACUUGAUGAUGGUGGAAACCCAUGCAUUGGGGAUGGUGAAAAAGAUGACGUAUCAUCCAAGUCGUCUCAGCGGCCUUUGGGAUAUGAUGAACACGGACUCCGUUGUAGACCUAGUAGUGGGUCUGGGCGUUCCAGCGUCCAAGAUCGUGGUCAGCCUCCCGGCCACAGCCCGCAAGUUUACCCUCUUGAACGAGACGCUCAGUACGCCUGGCAGUCCUACCACGGAAGACGAACCUAAAGAAAUAGACCAAGCCGAACUUUGCCGGCUUCUGCAGAAGGGACGAUGGACUUUAGAGAGGGAUCAGGAUCUCUCAGCGCCUUAUGCUUUUAAAGACAAGACAUGGAUGUCGUUCGAAGACUCGUCAUCAGCGGACGUGAAGGGCAAGUACGUGCGUGUGCGCGGACUGGCCGGCUUGGCGCUGCACGGCGCGGACCGCGAUACUGACACUCCGUGUGGGGCCAGCCUUAAGACUGCGCUCGCGAAGGUCUUGAAUCAGCAGAGCAGGGCACCUAGAGCGGCUGUGCUUAGAUCUUUGGAGCACGAAAUCUUAUCAGCCGGGGGCCAUGCGCGCGCACUAGAUGCACUGCAAAUCUCCCCGUAUAGAAUCACGCAGGUCGUCGACUCCGAUGGCGUCAUACACUCUAUCAGAGAGGACACCCGUACGGAGUUCUCGUGUUCCAGGCAAGGCUACUUCGUGCAUCCGCGUUCCUGCGCACGAUUCUACCGCUGCGUGAAGUUUGAUCAACUUUCGCCUGAAUUCACCGUGUUCGAGUUCGACUGUCCAGCAGGUCUAGCGUUCGACUCGCGUUACGAGGUGUGCGUGUGGCCAGGCAGCCUGCCUCACUCGCAAGCUUGCCCUGGGUCAUCCGAGAUCGCACCUGUGCCCCAGACCCGAUUUGUCUGCCCUGAUCAUGAAGGAUAUUACGCGGACCCUGAAAACUGCCGGUGGUUCUUCGCGUGUCUUGAUCACGGCAAGGCUCCCCUUACGGCUUAUGAGUUCCGCUGCCCGUUCGGUCUCGGCUUUGACGCCGAAAAGCUGAAGUGCGAUUGGCCCUGGCUCGUUCCGGCUUGUGGAAACAUCGCCAGAUACGAGGCUGAGGCGUUUGGGUACUCCGGAGCUGCACUUAGCGGAGCAGUUGGCUUCCAAGGUCAAACAGCAGAUGCUAUCAACAUUGCAGCCCAUCAGAGUCUAGUUUCUGGAGCAUCCUUGGAUAAUCUGGUCGGCAUCCAAACCGGCUUCCUUACACAGGCAGAUGCACUCGACUCUAACUUCAUUGCUUCCCAAGAAUUGAAUAAUGAAGGAUACAAGGCCACCCAUGGAGUUGCUUCUCAUGGCUUGACGCAAACUGACGGAUCAAGUUCUUUUAGUUUAGUCCAACCUACAAAAUACACCAGCGGCUCUUUGAUUCUAGACGAUUAUAGACUGCCUACCCGAGAAGAAGUAGCUAGACGAGGACAUGGGCUUAGUAAUGGAUUCUCCAGCUUAUCAAGUAUUUCAGGUAGUGGGAAAUAUAAUGAUAACUCAGGUCAAUAUGUGCACGACCCUUCGGGUGAUUAUGCGGACCCUUACAAGCACAUUGAUUCUCCUGCUGUACCCUAUGUACAUGAUGACUCGAAGUACAAACAGGCAGCAGAAUUUUAUGAUUAUGGAAGAUAUUCCGCGUCACAAAGUGGAAGCAAGUAUGAAGGUAAUGGUGGACAAUAUAUCCAUGACAACUCUGGAGCUUAUGUGGAUAUUGGAUCGUCCAGCUAUUUUGGAGCAUCUGGGUAUUCAGGCUCAUCUGGCUAUUCUGGGUCAUCAGAAAAGACUGGAUCAUCCGGCUACUCUGAUUCUACAGCCUACGCUGGUUAUUCCGGAUACACUCCUGAUUAUUCCGGCUCCUACAAACAGGACAAUUCUGGCCAAUAUGUUGCUGGUGUCUACAGACAGGAGCACAAUAUUGGAAAUUUCGGGAACGUAGGUAAAACUGUCAAUAUUAAUACCUACAAUGGAGGUUACAGCAAUGGUAACGGAGGACAAUAUUUGAGUGACUCUAAAGCUUACACAGGAGCGUCCCAUACUUUGACCGCUGGAGCUGUUAAUGUUGGAUUGGUUGGCAAAACAACGUUGGUAGACGCGGGAUAUACCGAUCAGUUUAAUUAUGAAGCGAACAAAGGAUCUCAACAUUUGUACAGCCACCAAACCUUGCACAACGCUCAUUUACCAAUAAUAUCUCAGCCAGCAGUAUCUAUUAACCAUGUUGGAACUGAUCAAAACAAUCUAGAUGGUUACAGUUUCGUCACUACUCCUACAACAUCUGGUAUUCCUACUACUGAAACUCCCUUCUCUGUAACCACCGCUAUUCCUACAUCUACUUACAAAACUACAUUAGUCCCAGAGACGCCAAAGACGAGUAUAAAACAGAUUUUCGGUUUUACCCAAUCAGACGUUACCUAUGUUCAACCUACAGUUACCGCUGUUACCAUCGCCCCUAAGAUUCAAACCAUUGAUUACAAUCAAGGCGUAAACGUUAACAUUAAGACUGAAUCGUCAGGAUAUGAAUACUCCAAGCCUUCUGCAGGAUAUAACUAUCCUAAACCAAACAUUAAAUUUGAAGAAGGUAUUUCGUACACUACUCCGGCACCACAAAUUGUAGUAUCCACCUUCAAACCUCAAGGUUUUAGUCACAACCAACAAACUGUGCACAAUGUUCAAACAAGUAACACUUACUUACCGCCAGCAAUAGAAUCUGGGUAUUACUACCCUAACCCUGUACCUGUCACUGAAGAACCUUUUAAGAAAUUAGUCGCUUACACUACAGGAAACCCAAACAAUUAUGUCCAACCAACAGCCCAGUCUUUUAGUCAACAAUCAAUUCACAAAGUCGAAACAAACCAUGCUUACUUACCUCCGGCGGCCAAUGCUUACGAAUACAAACCUGAAGUAAUAUAUGAACAACCUAAAACUGUUGUUGAGCAUACUACUACUCAACCAGUAACCAUACAGCCUGUGGUAUCUUACCAACCUCAAGUCAUCAGCCACCAGACGUUACAUAAAGUUGAUGGUAGCAAAGUAAAUACUUACUCCGGAGACGAUUAUGGUUACAAUUAUGAAAAGCCUUCAUCUGGCUAUGAUUACCCUAAACCUGAGAUUAAGUUCGAAGAAGCACAAAAGACUGCCAUACAAUAUACAACGCCUGCAGCUACUAUUUCCACGUACAAACCUCAUUCAUAUAGUCAACAAACAUUCCAUAAGUACGAAAGUCCGAAAUACGUCUCUACAACACCCGCACCUCAAGUGGGACUGACCUACCAUCAACCAGCGGUGACGGUGUAUGAGAAUCCUAUUCUUAAGUACAAAGAAGCUUCAGUCACUCCUGCUGUGUACGUGCAACCAACAGCUAAGUCUUACAGUCAACAAACUAUCCACAAAAUCGAAUCUAAUGUUAAGGCAAAUAACGCUUACUUACCACCAGUCCAUACGUAUGAAUAUAAACCUACAAUUACAUACGAACAACCAAAGACUGUAGUAGAAUAUACAACGGCACAACCGGUAGUAUCCACUUACCAACCACAAACAUACAGUCAUCAGACUUUACAUAAAGUAGAAUCCGCUAGGGUCGAUACUAGCAACGCAUAUUUGCCACCAGCCAAUAAUUAUGAAUAUAAAUCGGAAAUCACCUUUGAACAACCUAAAACUGUAGUAGAAUAUACUACUGCUCAGCCUGCAGUAGUGUCUACCUACCAACCACAAGUAUACAGUCAUCAAACGCUCCACAAAGUAGAAGCUAACAAGGUUAACACGUACCAAAUUUCAGGAGACUUAGGGUAUUCCUAUGAAAAACCUGACUCCGGCUACGAAUACCACAAGCCUGCGGUGCAAUUCGCAGAGACACCUAAUAUAAUCCAAUAUACUACACCGGCUUCUGUAUCAUCCACAUACAAGCCACAUUCAUACAGCUCUCAAACAAUUCACAAAGUUGAGACUCCGAAGGUAGUGUCUACUGUCGCUCCAAAAGUUUACCAGCCUGCUGUUACCGUAUAUAACAAUCCUAUUCUAAAAUACAUAGAAAACGUGACUCCGAGCGCUGUUUACACUCAAACUUACAAGCCUGUUGUCCAACAACAUGAAGUAAACCAUUUCGUGAGUCAGCCAGUUCAAUACGAAUUUUCUCAACAAAAUCUGCAGUUUAAUCAAGAAGGCUAUUCAUACAAUCAACCUGAGAUUCAAAGAGAGGCGGAGUUGAAUAUCGCAAAGGCAUAUUCCGAUGCUAACCUUGUAUCUCAUCAGAGUUACCAUCUCUACAACGAGAAGAGACAACAAAAUAGCGGCAAAGAUGUAGUAUUCGUAUCUACGACACCAUCGACUCUUAUCUACGAAGAUCAUUAUGCUGAAUAUGAAUCUCCUAAGAAAGUACAAGCAUACAAAGCACCGGAAUAUAUUCCUCCAAAAAUACAAUAUGAGCAAACUUACACAGUGUCUUCCACUGCGGCGCCUGUAAUUGAACAGAGCUCUAUUCCCCACCAAACUCAAGACCAGUACGAUUACAAUCCCAAUGAAUAUUCCCAACAUUACGAUACUUCAUCACUUCAGCAGAUAGCAUUCAGCAAACACCAUAAUGAACACUCUAAGAAGAUAGAAUCUGUUCAAUUUUCCUCGUUCCCUGAUACCAAAAUCACCAAAUACAAUCAGGUGUCCCAAGUUGCUUAUGAAGCUCCUGAAAUUCAAGUCGGAUAUAAGGCAGAAGAGUAUCUUCCGCCUGUGGUUUCGAGUUCACCUCCUGUAGUUACCAGUACUUAUAAACCUCCUACAUAUGCAUACUCCACAACCAAGGAGUAUUUGCCUCCUACGCAAACACCUCAAGUUACUAUAGAAUAUCUACCACCUCCGCCAGAUUACAGUGCUCCAGAGUAUUUGCCUCCUAAAGUGGACAAUAGUUACUUGCCACCAUUGACUACAGCGAGACCUAUUGUAAAAUCAACUACACAGAUUCCCACUACGACAUUCAAAGCACGGGAAUACCUUCCUCCUCAAGAACCCAGCGUCAUUUCUUAUGAAAAUUUCAAAAUUUCUGAUGAAACCUCUAAAAUACAAUACAACCCAUACCAAGAAUAUACUGUUUCCACGACUGCAGCACCUAUUACAAGGAAGCAAAACAUUGUUGUUGAUGCAGCGAAGUCAAAUCUUCUUGGUUUCGGUACCGUAGGACCUGAUGCUGGCCUGGUAUCUCCAGUUACUUAUACCACAGCGGCUCCUGUGAUAUCCUCAACAUAUGAGCCUUAUUCGUAUGAAAUUACUCGCACACCGUCGCCUGCCCGUAAGAACAGGCUACGUUACAAGUCAACUACUCAAGCGCCUCUUGAAUACACCGCCGCAUAUAGGGCACCCGAAUAUUUGCCGCCAGUGGAAGGAAAUGUAAAGUUUGAUACCUUUGGACUUAAGAACAUUGAAAACAACGCUCAUCAGGAAGAAUAUUUAGAAUCAACUACAACAUCGAAAAGAAAGCAAAACAUCGUAGUGGAGACAGCAAAAUCUCAACUUCUAGGCUUUGGCACCGUUGGCCCUGAUGCCGGGUUAAUAUCUGAAGUUACGUACACGACAGCUGGUCCUACUAUUUCCAGCACUGAGGCAUACUCUGCAACACCUAAAGCAGUAACUUCAGCUUAUGCUCCAGUUAAGCAACAAUUGAUAGAAGUUUCUUCCAUUCCCGUUAGAAGAACUAAGCCUAAAGUUGCUGUAGUAACUAAAAUCAACGAUUUCAACCCGCUAUUAGUAAGGAAAUUAGGUGCUGUCUGCAGUUGCCAGUCACCUUUUGUGGUUUUGAGAGGAAGGAGACCUAACGUGCAGGUACAACAGGACUUUGAUGAAUAUGGUAACGAUGAUUACAGUGAUGCCGAUGACCGUGGAGACAUUAACAACAAUGAAUGGACUCAGAAAUCAGUCAGAUUGCAAACUGUCAAAACUGUUACUGUACCUACAGUGACUAAGACCACGUUUAAUCCCAUUAUUGUUCCUGAUGACUCAUUCUAUCAAGACUACCAGGAAAAUUUAGAUAUAACUCCCAAAAUUAAAGAAGUCUACUCCGAAAACUACGUCUCCAGUACGCCGGUAACAGUAACUGAGAGAGUGGUAAAAAUCCGACCACGAGUUAUGGCUGUGACUAUCGCACCUACUUACAAAACAGUGUUGUUGAACCAAGAGGUUGGUCCAGUCGUGAAAGCAACCGCACCGAGGAGAGACGAUCUGCAAGGAAUCAAAUGUGAAAGAGCCGGAUUGUUCCGUCACCCAAAGCAAUGUAACAAGUUCUACGCUUGCAGAUGGGACUGCAACAAACAGAAGUUCACUCUCCACACGUUCAAUUGCCCAGUUCAACUUAGUUUUGACCCUAGCAUAGGUGCCUGCAAUUGGCCCAGUCAAGGUCCAGCUUGCCAAGGUGAUACUCUUCUUACAAACACCUUAUAAAGUUGUUAUCAAGUGCCGCAGCGGCCGAUACGAAUCUCACCGUGCCAUCGAAAUUGUGACGACAUACUCACAAUUGUUUCAAGGAAUCGUCUCUCUAAUGUUAAAAGCUUCUAAUUUAUUUGUUUCAUUUGUUAAUGUUAUCUUCUAGUUAUUUAUUAUCUGUACUCAAACUUUUAGUAGCUAAGCAACGUUUUCUUUUCUUAAAUUUUCGGCAACAUCGGUUAUAAGAGUUACCAUUUAUCUAGUUCAUUUAGUAUGACACGAUAUUUAGUAUUUAAUAUGUGUAAAAUAGUGAAGUCAUUUUCGUA